AUGGAGGGCUAUCCUAACGCAGCAGCCAAUUUCUCCAAGGAGGCCAACCUGGCCCCUCACCAGGAGACCCCGUCUAUCAUUGCCAGACAGGAGAUCCAAAAUUGUAUACAUAGCGGCAACAUUCAAACAGCUAUUGAAACACUGAAUGAUUUUGAUCCAGAGAUUCUAGAUGAAGACAAAGCACUGCAUUUUUCGCUGCUACGACUUCAACUUGUCGAACUCAUUCGUACCUGUAAUACGCCUGGUAGCGACAUUGGGCCUGCGCUCAAGUUUGCCACUGAGCAACUGGGCCCCAGAGCACCAACAAACCAGAAAUUUCUCGGAGAUCUCGAGAAAACCAUGUCAUUGCUUAUGUUCCCCUCUGACAAUCUUGAGCCGGAACUAGCAGCUUUGUUGAAGCCAGAACUCCGUUUAGAAGUAGCUGAUAACGUCAACCGUGCGAUCCUGGAACGCCAAUCGCAAAGACGCGAAUCGGCAAUCCGCCAGCUAGUGAGAAUGCGCGUCUGGGCCGAAAAUAUUGCUCGCGACAAGGGCAAAAGUAUCCCAGAGUAUCUGGAACUUGGCUUGAACACCGACCUGUCUGGGCAUGGUAGAAUGACUUCCCAGGCAGGCAAUGGCCAUGACCCCAUGAUUACAACGUGA